AUGGAAGAGCAGGCCGCCAUCGUAGAAGCCAAAAACGGCCGCGCCGCCAUGUCGCCGCCGCUGCCUUCACCUCCCGGCCGCAACAACAACGUCAACAACAUGGUCGUCGUCCAGUUCCCGAAGGACCAAAUCUAUCGCGUGCCACCACGCGAGAACGCCGAGUUCAUGGAAAGAUACCGCAACCCUCCCAACACAAAAAGACGGCGCCGCAAUUGCUGCUGCCGCUGCCCACGCGCGUUGCUCACACUCGCGCUAAUCCUCGUCGCCGUUAUCGCCGUGCUCGCCAUAACACUCGCCUCCUUGUUCUUCAUCCUCAACCCAAUUGGGCCCACGUUCUCCAUAACCCACGUGGCGGUGAAGAAUACUACGCCGCCGAAAUACGAGGUUUCGAUGAGGGCAAGGAACACGAACGAGAGACUGGGAAUGGUUUACGAGGACUCCGAGGUUGCUUUGCUGGUUGAAGACAGCGGCGACAAGGUUGCAGAGGGGAGGUUUCCGAGGUUGGAACAAGAUCGAGAUGGGUCCACGCAGGUGAAGAUUUUGCUGACGGGGACAAAGGGAGCGAAGAGCGUGGGUGGUGGGAAAUUGAACGCGCGCGUGGGGUUUGAUUUGGAGAUGGGGCUUCGUGUGAGGGUGUCGCUUGGGGGGUUUAACACGUGGGUUAUGACGGCUAACGUUGUGUGUGAGUUUGAUGUUAGCGGUCUUGGGAACGCAGUUAUUGGAUUGGAUGAUCAUAACAUGGCAGGCAGGCAUAUAUCAAUUGAAAUUGAACUAUGA